GGAUGGUCGUCGUCGCACCACCCGGGCCUCAGUAUAGCGACGCGGCGCACCCACGCCCGCGCCCAACAAAGGACGCCGGAGAUGAACCACCACAGCGACGACCUCGGUACCGGCCCCGGCGCCGGGCCUUUCGCGAGUCUCUCGGGCGGUCCGUUUGCCAGAGACCCGCCGCGGAUCCAGGCGCAAGCGGUACCAUGGCUCUUUCCUGAUGACCGCACUUCCUCGCCUGCGAACGCCCUCCGGACCCAGCAGCUUGGGGCUGCGUCACCUGCGUUUGUCCCAGUCCUGGCGCCUGCCGGCGCGUCCGCACCAGCCGCCCGCGCGCAUAUUGCCGACGUCGUCCCGGAGGAGGAAGAGGAGGAGGAGGAAGUCCUGACUCUUAUCGUGGACCAAGACUUCAUGCAACAGCUCAUGCUUCGGUUCGGCGGUGCUGAGCUCUCGGCUGAGCCCUCCACCAUCGUGAGGGUGCCCGUGUCGUUCGCGCGCCAGAUCCACUACUAUGCCCUCCGCACGCAGCUCCAGGAGCGCGAGGAGGCGUACGAGGCGCAGCGGCGCCGGCUCGAGGAAGACGAAGCCAUCGCCCGCCAGCUCUACCAAGAGAUGGUCGAGUCCCAAAGGAUCACCAACAUUGGUGGUAUUGCGCGCGGCGGAGGAGUGGCAGGAGUGGCGGAGGGUCCUGCCGACCCCGCCCCUCUCCCCUCUGCCCCCGCCGAGGCCCGGACGGAGGACCGCGCCGAAGCGCGGCGCCAAGUCCCACAUACGGAGCGCCGUGAAGCCCUGGACUACCUCGCCAAGCUGCGGCUCGAGGACAAGUUCCCUCAAGUCGACAGGGAGAUGGUGCACUUCAUCUUCGCGUCUCUCGGCUCCGAGGAAGCCGCCUCCGAGGCCCUGGAGGAGCAGCUCGCGCAAAACUGGAGCCGCCCUCAUCCGCCCGCUCCCAGCGCCGCCCCCAGCACUGCCCCCAGCGCUGCCCCCAGCGCUGCCCCCAGCGCUGCCCCCAGCGCUGCCCCCAGCGCUGCCCCCAGCGCUGCCCCCAGCGCUGCCCCCAGCGCUGCACCCCGCGCCACUCGUGCCAGGCCGGGCAUCGCCGAGGCCCUCGAGGAGCAGCGUGCCCGGCCGAGGAGACUCGCUGAGGCGUCAGGGAGUGCCACCCCCGUGCCGACGCAGGCACCCGGGGCCUCGAGCGCGGCCGGCCCCGCUGGCGAUGCGGCAGAGGACGAGAACCCGUGGGACUCGGAUAGCCCGAUGAUGUCCUUCAGCAAGUACAGGGCCAGGGCGGAGACGUUCCGUGCGGAGCGGGACGCCUACUUCUCCAAGGCCAAGGACGCCCACCAUAGGCAGCAAAAGGAUGCAGCGGGGCUGUUCGCCCAAAAGGGCUCGUUCAGCGAGCGCCAGUACCAGUACUACUCGGCCAUGGCGGCGGCCGCUCUCGUUGCCGCGCACUGCGAACGCUCCUCCGACUCCCUGGACCUCCACUCGUUCAAAGCGAACGAGGCGGUGAUCGUGCUGGACCUGUUCCUCGACCACCACAUCCGGCGCCUGUCUGAGGGUCGCAGCGGCGAGGACCGGCUGACCGUGAUCACGGGCAAAGGACUGCACAGCGCCGACGGCCGGCCCCGCGUUAAGCCCGCCGUGCUGGAGCGUGUCGCACAGCGCCGCCUAAGGUUUGAGGAAUUCCGCAACAACUCUGGAGCCAUCCGGAUCUUCAUAACAGCAAACUCCUUCCUCGCGCAUCAGGUGCCCGGGGCGAGGGGUGCCCAACCGUGGUAAUCAGGUGUACACAGACUUGGUAAUCACUGGUAAUCCACACACUCGUGAGGGCCCUUUCAAAGGACUAAUUUGUUGAUUGAGACAUGCAUUUUUGUGCACAUCUUGCCUAAAUUGCAAAACGUUCAUGUUUAAUAUGGCGAAUUUGCAUCUCUCACAUGGAGUUACGCAUCCCUCGCUCGGCGCGGUAAGAAGGAGGCGACUGUCACGGCGACUGAUUCUCGCUGAAAGACGUAGCGGCAGCGCUGUCAAAAUACUUUAUGUAAUAUAUCGUAACAAUAAUUUUAACCAAUGUUUUUGUUAGCGCCAUGUGCCAAUUGUUACUCUCUUGUUAGGUGCCAAUUGUUACUCUCUUGUUAAAAAGUUGUGUAUUUUUUUUUGGUAAAGUUAUCUUAAACUUUUGUUAAAGUUGGUCAUAAGUACUGUUGGCGCUGGUAUGGGUUUAUUAAGCUAAUUCAAAGUGUAUUGUAUUUUAUAAGUACAAGUUUAUUGAACAGAUUGAUUUUCGAACUUCGUGUUCAUCUGCUACCAAUAAAAAAGACAAUACAAUAAAAUCAUCACUUA